AAACGUUUUUUUUUACAAUACACAACAGCGAUUAAAUGAAAGAAAGUGUGAUAGAGAGUAUCAAAUCCAUCCGCCCUGACUUGGCCCACUAAAGGCAAAGCGAUGAUAAGAGAUCACGAAGGAUGAUGGUACUGCACCACGAGCCCUUUGGAGUUUGACAUCUCUGACACAUCGGACAGUCACCACCAACAUGUUCAAACACUCUCCAUCAUGUUUCCUUAUCACUAAAGUGGUACCCCGUUCAUUGUGUGCGUGUGAUUAGAAGCAUCUCUCACCUGUGACGGAAGCCGAACGGAAGAUGCUGUCGAUCACUUUCGAUCAGGAGCUGCUGAGAACCGGAGCGUUGUCGUUGCGGCGUGGAUCGAAAGUGGUGUGUUUGUGGUGUUGUGUGUGUGCUGUGCGUGUUGGUGGUAUCCUACAGCAGCAUGGCUUCAGUGAUACCGCGCGUUGAUGUCGUGUUCCUGGCGUACAGUGAGGAUGCCGGAAAGGCACCGUCCGUUACGCUGGACAGCAUCUGCACGGUCAGUUUGUACGAGCUGCAGCGGCACCUGCAGGUGAAGCGAGCCGAGCGCAACAGUAUGGGUGCCGAAGCGUACAAACACUACAAAUGGUACAACGCAGCACUGGUCGAGGAAUUGCGUACGACGGGGAAAGGACAACCGCGGCCACUGCUGCAGGCUUUCCACUGGUACAUUGAAACGUCCAACCGCUGUGCGUUCCGGGUCGAGGGUCAACAGUACGAAGCGGUGUCGCUGGUAGUGGCCGCAGAGGUGGAGCACUGGUACUGUGCCCGACCCGGCCACAGUGCCCAGGGCAGUCGUGCUCGGGUAGUCUCGAACGUCCCGAUUGGAGCAGCAUUCACAGGAACUACACCUCCCGCAAAGACACCGGUUGUUGCCAUUCAUCAACGGCACCAGCAGCAUCAACGCCACCGGUCGACAACUCUCGAAAGAAUUGGAGAGGAAUGUUAAGCCGCGGGCACCUUGUGGAGGAGAUCGAAGAAGAUUGUAAUUGUGUAACGGAGUUUUCAAUGUGUGAUAUAUUCCUGUCCUGUUUUCUGUUCAAAAAAACAUACCCGAUCUCACAACAAUAAAUUCUUUUUUAUUACAUAUCUCAAUGGAUGUACGUACCGCUAGCGAACGGGCUGGCUGUUGCUAGCAGCAGUACAUUAACAUUAGGAUUCUCGGUGUUUAUCUGUGUGUGUGUGUGUUGUAGGUGGCUCUGUUGGGGUACGGCAUUUAAUGUUUACCUUCAGAAUCACGUAUAGUGUAAGAUUAGAUUAUCUAUAACAUUUGCUCUCUCUAGCAUCUCAUCUGCAUCCAGUCCCACUCUCGGUUGUAGGCAGAGUGGAAGGAAGAGAGAGAUAGUGAGAGUGUUUGUCUGUGUGUGUGUGUUUGUGUAGUUCUGUCUUCAUCCCCGCAAUAAUACCUCACGAUUACUGGAUAUUCACUACAAGUGUUUAGCGUCACUGGCCUUUGUUAUCGCUUUUUGUUCGAUUCACCGGUGCGAUAUUAUGCUUUUGAGGGUUUUUUUUUGGUAUCAUCAUAUCAGCAUGGUUACUACCCUUCGAUCGUGAUCGUGAUGCGUGUGUGUGUGUUAGAAAUCAUUUUGUAAUAAUACUUUCCACUAAUAGCACAGAACAAACAACAAAACAACGCUUUAGAGAUAGAAUUAGAUUUGCAAGUGGGUGCUAACGUUAACACAAUAAACGAUAAAUACUACUUAAG